AUGUCGGAUGCUCCAGCAACCACGUUUGGGGGGAGGCGAGCUGUCCCACCCAACAACUCUAAUGCAGCAGAAGUUGACCUCCCGACCACGGAGCUGCAGGGCCUGGUGCCCAGGGGUGUCAACCUGCAAGACUACCUGAAUGUCACAGCUGUUCACGUGUUCAAGGAGAGAUGGGACAGCAACAAGAUUGAUCAUCACACAGACAAAUACGACAACAGCAAUUUGAUUGUCCGCAGAGGGCAGCCUUUCUAUGUCCAGAUUGACUUCAAUCGUUCAUAUGACCCCAAGAGGGACCUCUUCAGAGUGGAAUACGUUAUUGGUCGCUACCCUCAGGAGAACAAGGGCACCUACAUCCCAGUGCCCGUAGUGUCGGAGCUGGAAAGCGGAAAGUGGGGAGCCAAGGUUAUCAUGAAUGAGGACAGGUCUGUGCGGCUUUCCAUCCAGUCUUCCCCCGAGUGCAUCGUGGGGAAAUUCCGCAUGUAUGUUGCGGUCUGGACUCCGUAUGGCAUCCUCCGUACCCGCAGAAACCCAGAAACAGACACAUAUAUUCUCUUCAAUCCUUGGUGUGAAGAGGACGCCGUGUAUCUGGAUGAUGAGAAGGAGAGAGAAGAGUAUGUACUCAAUGACAUCGGAGUGAUAUUUUACGGGGACUUCAAUGACAUCAAGAGCAGAAGCUGGAGCUAUGGCCAGUUUGAAGAUGGCAUCCUGGAUGCUUGUUUGUAUGUGAUGGACAAAGCCCUGAUGGACCUUUCUGGUAGAGGGAACCCCAUCAAAGUCAGCCGUGUUGGUUCUGCAAUGGUGAAUGCCAAGGAUGACGAAGGUGUUAUUGUUGGAUCAUGGGACAAUGUCUAUGCCUAUGGUAUCCCUCCAUCAGCCUGGACAGGAAGUGUUGACAUUCUACUAGAAUACAAGAGCUCUGAAACACCAGUCCGGUAUGGCCAGUGCUGGGUUUUUGCUGGCGUCUUUAACACAUUUUUAAGAUGCCUUGGAAUCCCAGCGCGAGUCAUUACCAAUUAUUUAUCAGCCCAUGACAAUGAUGCCAACUUGCAAAUGGACAUCUUCCUGGAAGAAGAUGGGAAAGUGAGCACCAAACUCACAAAGGAUUCAGUGUGGAACUACCACUGCUGGAAUGAAGCCUGGAUGACGAGGCCUGAUCUUCCUGUUGGAUUUGGAGGCUGGCAAGCUGUGGACAGCACACCCCAGGAAAACAGUGACGGCAUGUACCGCUGCGGCCCUGCCUCCGUUCAAGCCAUUAAGCAUGGCCACGUCUGCUUCCAAUUUGAUGCUCCAUUUGUUUUUGCAGAGGUCAACAGCGAUCUUGUUUACAUUACAGCCAAGAAAGAUGGAACUCAUGUGGUAGAAGCUGUGGAUGCCACCCAUAUUGGGAAGUUAAUUGUGACCAAACAAAUUGGAGGAGAUGCCAUGCAAGAUAUUACUGAUACUUACAAAUUUCAAGAAGGUCAAGAAGAAGAGAGACUGGCCCUUGAAACUGCCCUGAUGUACGGAGCCAAAAAGAACCUCAACACUGAAGGUGUCGUCAAAUCAAGGUCUGAUGUGGACAUGAACUUUGAAGUGGAAAACGCUGUGCUUGGAAAGGACUUCAAGGUCACCAUCACCUUCCAGAACAAUAGCUCCAAUCUCUACACUGUCUUGGCCUAUCUUUCUGGCAAUAUCACCUUUUACACUGGGGUCGCCAAGAAAGAAUUCAAGAAUGAAGCAUUUGAAGAGACACUGGAUCCCUUAUCUUCCAAGAAAAAGGAGGUGCUGGUCAGAGCAGGCGAGUACAUGAGCCACCUUCUGGAGCAGGGCCUCCUGCACUUCUUCGUCACAGCACGCAUCAAUGAGACCAGGGAUGUCUUGGCCAAGCAGAAGUCCAUAGUCCUGACUAUUCCCAAGGUCAUCAUCAAGGUCCGAGGAACCCCCAUGGUUGGCUCUGAUAUGGUUGUGACUGUUGAGUUCACCAAUCCUUUAAAAGAAACGCUGCAAAAUAUCUGGAUUCACUUGGAGGGUCCUGGAGUAAUGAGGCCCAAGAGGAAGAUGUUCCAUGAAAUCCAGCCCAACACCACUGUGCAGUGGGAAGAAGUCUGUCGCCCUUGGGUCUCUGGCCCUCGGAAGCUGAUUGCCAGCAUGUCCAGUGACUCCCUGAGACAUGUGUAUGGAGAGCUGGAUCUGCAGAUUCAAAGACGACCUAGCAUGUAAAUGCCCAGGAGGCUGAGAUGGACCUGGGUGCAUGGCCUAUUGCAGUCUUGGCUAUGGAAACCCUAUUGCAAAAAAUAGCUAGCUCUUGCUUUGAUUUGGGUGUGAAGACUGAGGCCAACCCCAGCACGGGCAUGCUACAG